GCGAAAUCGGGUUUGGAGAGAGCGGACGUGACGUCUGAUUACAAAGGAGUUAAUGAGUGGUUUUGGAAUCCGUAUGCUCGGGUGGCCGCGGGAGAAAGCGGCAAGUAUAAUGAGAAGGGGCGAGCCGGAGUGUUCACAGUUGUGAGCUUUGAUCGUUUCUUCUGCACUCUCUCAUUUCUUUUUUUCAUUUUCUCUAUUCUUCCGCGCCUUCCAUUACGUGGAAUUGCUCUCCGCUUGCCACCAUUUUUCCCUUCCCACAAUUUUUUAGUUAUAAAAGGCCUCUUUCCAUUAAGGACUUCCCACAGCUUUUUAAUCGCUCUAAUCCAGGGAUUUGCUGUUGAAUUCAAUGUAAAAAGUCAGAAUUUGAGGCUGUUUUUUCUAGAUAUUCGCUAUUCUGGUGUAUUGAUUUUUUACCAUUGAGUCAAUGGGGAGGGUGAUAAAUGAUUCAGUGUCUCUGAGUUUGGAAUAAAUUUGAGAGAAGUUGUGGGUUUUGAUUGCGCCUCUUUGUGGGUUUUGUAUGAGCGAUCGAGGAGAAAGUGAUAAAAACUGUACAAUGUACGAAAUGGGUAGUGCGGGAGCUUCAUCUUCUUCGAAUUUGGAAUGUUUUUUGGCCUGCAUUACUCCACGCAUGCCUGCACAUUAUUUGCCCAAGAGACGGCUUCCGGAAUUUGGGUCAAACAAAUGGUUGCAACCUCAUUCAGAAGAAGGGUGCACAGAGUAUUUCAAUGCGGGAAACAUGUGGGACCUUUAUGAUGAGUGGAGUGCAUAUGGAGCAGGAGUGCCUAUAGUUUUGAACACUGGAGAAACUGUGGUUCAAUAUUAUGUGCCUUACCUCUCUGCGCUUCAAAUAUAUACUGCAAAUGACAUUAGAUCAUCUACAAACUUGAGGAAUGUGAGGGAUGAGAGUGAUGGGGACUUGGAGCUGAGGGAUUCAAUCAGUGAUUCGUGCAGUGAUAGUGAAAGUGGGAACUUGAGUGAAAGAUCCUCAAGUUUCAGAAGUGAAUCAUGCAAUUCCAGUGAAAGAUUAGGAUUGUGGGAUGCUGCCUCUGAAGAUUCUUCUGUUCUUGAUAAUGAUAGUAUGUGGCAUAUGCAUGAUCGACUUGGACACCUGUGUCUUGAAUAUUUUGAGCAAGCUGUACCUUAUGCAAGAGUCCCUCUAAUGGAGAAGGUAAAUCAGCUAGCCAGGGGAUUUCCAGAUUUAAUGUCAUUAAAAAGCACUGAUCUUUCUCCAGCAAGCUGGAUGUCUGUUGCAUGGUAUCCUAUUUAUCACAUACCGACAGGCCGGACUAUUAGGGAUCUAUCUGCCUGCUUUUUAACAUAUCACACUCUCUCUAUAUCCUUCCAAGAGAACGAGAUUGGAGAAGGGAAUGGAAGGAUGGAAUUGGGCAAAACUAAAGCUGAGGAUGGCAACUACAUUACUCUUCCGCCAUUUGGGCUUUCAACUUACAAAUUGCAAGGAAGCACCUGGACUUCUGCUGGUUGUGUUGACCAGCAGCGAAUUAUCUCUCUGUUAAGCUCUGCUGACUCUUGGUUGAAACAGCUAAGGGUUCGCCAUCCAGAUUUUGAGUUUUUCAACUCUCACAAUUUGUCAUUACAAGGGAAACUGUUGUUGACUUAGUUAACAAGCUAUAUUUUGGGAUCCCCAUACAAGUUUUGGAAAGAAGAAACAGAAAAUCAAAAGAGUGAUUAAUUGUUCCACUCUCCUUUUUUUUUCAAAUUAACAUGUUGAGGGUGUAGAGAAGAGAGAGGAGAAUUUGCAGGACACAGAUUGAGUGUUAGGUAAUAGUAACUUGUCUUCUGCAUAUUGCACUUGUGUAAUGGCUGAGCCACCUUGUCAUAAGAGAAAAAAAAUAGCCAGCCUGAGUAGAGUUGAAGUUGAUGUUUUUAUAAAUCUCAUGCCCAUGGAAACGAGUCUUAAAAAAUAUCGAUUUGGGUUGCUUUGGAUUCUCUGUAGUUACAGGAUUUCUGCACUGUUCCCUCUGUACAUCAUUGAAUCUUUGUCUUAAAGUGAAAAUACCAAAAUUUACCUCAUUACCAAGAUGAUGAGAUGUGA